AUGUCUUCAGCCAACCCCCAAACUCCUCCCGCGAGCCCCCGUGCCAAGCACAGCACGGCCGGCGUCCCUGGGGGCAAGCUUGCCAGCGGCCUUGCCGGGGCCGCGGCCCGGAACAAGCAGCUCGUCACCGAGAAAAGGGAGGCGAUCAAGAAGAGGUUUGGGAGCCUCCAGCAGAAAAAUAAUGAGGUGGGGGCGGAGCUGGAAAAGCUUAGGGGCGAGGCCGGCGGCUUGGAGAAGGAGAGGGAACUCCUAGAGGCGCAGCUCAAAAGCGCCGCGGCCGAUAAGGAAAAACUGCGGGGGGAUGUGGCGGAGCUGAGUGCGGAAAAGGAGAAGCUGGAAAAGUCGGUUGAGGACUUGGGCGCAGACAAGAAGAAGCUGGAAGAGUCGGUGGAGGAGCUGAACGCGGACAAGGCCAAGCUGACAGCGUCGGUGGAUGAGUUGAACGCAGACAAGGUCAAGUUGGAGGAGGAGAAGGCGACACUGACAAAGGCGGCUGCAGAUCUGGGCGAGCAGAAUGAGCAGCUGACGGAGGAAAAGAGCGCACUGACUAAAUCGGUGGAGGAUUUGAGCGCAGACAAGGUCAAGCUGGAGGAGGAGAAGAGCACGCUGGAAACAGCAGCUGCAGAGCUGGAGGACAAAAACAAAAAGCUGACGGAGGAGAAGAGCGUGCUGGAAACGACAGCUACAGAGCUGGAGUGCGAGAACAAGCAGCUGACGGAGGAAAAGAGCGAACUGGAAAAGACGUCUGCGGAGCUGGAGGCCACGAACAAGCAACUGACGGACGACAAGAGCGCAUUGACAGAGACGGCUGCAAGUCUGGAGGCGGAGAAACAGAGGCUAGAGCAGGAGGUGACGAGUCUGCAAGCCGAGGCAGACAGUCUCAACGAGGAGUUGGUGGGGGUCAUGGAGGACCUGGCCAACAGUAACGCACUCCUGGAGGAAAUGGGCGCGUUUGAUGAUGAGCGGAAUAAAAGUGUUUUAUUGGACGAGAACUAG